AUGGAAGUCGAAGUCGAUGUGGGCGGGAUCAAACAAUACUUGUGGCACGGACGUUUCCGUGUUUUGGUCUGCGACCCCAUCGACCAGGCAGGGAUGGACAUUCUUUCUUCUUUCGCCGAGGUCGAUACCAAGCUCAAACUUAGUGAAGAAGAGCUCUGCAGUAUCGUUGGGAACUACGACGGGCUCAUGGUUCGCAGUGGCACAACCGUGACAGAGAAGAUAAUCAAGCACGGCAAGAGACUCAAAAUUAUCGGUCGAGCAGGAGUUGGCGUGGACAAUGUCUGCGUUGAGGCUGCGACAGCUCAGGGUAUCUUUGUGGUUAACUCACCGAAUGGCAAUACGAUGGCUGCUGCGGAGUUGACGCUGGGCCUGAUGAUGGCUCUCGCACGCAAAAUUGCUCAGGCCGAUGCGUCCGUGGGCACGCACGUCGCUCGAGUUUGCGCUGCCCUCGGCAUGGAGGCCUUGGCUUACGACCCAUUCAUCAACGAGGAAAAGGCCAAGGCAAUCGGUUGCAAGAACGUCGCCUUGGAUACUCUCCUCGCUUCCAGUGAUUUCAUUACCCUUCACGUUCCUUUGCUUGAGAACACGCGGCAUCUCAUCAAUGCGGAGAAGCUUAAGCUGAUUAAGAAGGGCGCGUGCAUUAUCAACGCCGCUCGAGGUGGAGUCAUUGAUGAGAAAGCCGUUGCGGAAGCCCUUAUGACAAAUGAACUCGCUGGAGCAGCUUUGGAUGUCUUUGAGAAUGAGAAGGAAUUUACCAAAGACAAUCCUCUCAUCCAAGCGAAGGAAAACGGCAAAAACGUCAUUCUCACCCCUCACAUAGGAGCAAGCACCUUCGAGGCACAACACAACGUUGCUGUGGAUGUAGCUCUCCAGUUCAAGGAGACUCUGCUCGGCGGUCUCCCUCAGUCAGCUGUCAACCUUCAAUGCGUGCGCUCACAGCACCUCGCCAGCUUUGUUAAUCUCGCUGAGACCCUUGGACGAUUGUGUAGCAAAUUGGUUGACGAACCGGUUGAGACGCUUCACUUGAAGAUAAGGGGAAGCAUAGAAAGCGCCGAUGCGGACGUCUUACUUCUGUCAGCAGCUCAGGGAAUGCUCAGGACGCGGUGCGAUCACGUUGUAAAUUUUGUGAACGUCAAGCGCAUCGCUCAGGAGCAUAAGCUAGAGCUCGUCGUUUCCAAAGGUGACUGGAUGAAAUAG